AUGGUCUCCUCCAAAGCCCGCGUUCCCCCGAAGCAGGCGGCAGCAGCAUCCAAAGUCCAACCUUUCCCGCAAAAGACCUUUAUCAUCGACAACGGCGCAUACACCAUCAAAGCAGGCUACGCACCAUCCAGCCCUGCACCCUUCGAUGACGACGAAGCAGCACUCUCCGCAUGCACGACAAUACCAAAUGCACUCGCUAAAACACGCGACAAUCGCGUCUUCGUCGGCGCCCAGCUUUCAACCCACAUCUCCGACUGGAAUGAAGUCCUGUUCCGUCGUCCCGUCGAAAAGGGGUAUUUGGUAAACUGGGAGGCCGAAAGGGAAAUAUGGGAGCAAUCCUUCUUUGACGAAAAGAUAUCUCGUGCGAAAGAACUGCGAAUCGCGAAUCCUGAAGAGACUACCUUGAUCCUCACCGAUACGCCGAAUGGCUUGCCUGUUUUGCAGAAGAAUGCGGAUGAGAUGGUGAUGGAAGAGUGGGGGUUUGGGGCUUAUACAAGGGUCGUCGGACCUGCUUUGAACGCUUGGAAUGAUAUGCAUUCCCUCUUCGGAGACCCCUCGGAGACUUCUCAGUCGAUAUUGUCGCCGGCUGAAUGCCUGCUAGUUGUUGACUCGGGCUAUUCUCACACUAUUGUUACUCCCAUUUACAAAGGCCAGCCACUUCAGCGCGGCAUUCGACGUCUCGAGAUAGGCGGCAAACACCUUACCAACUAUAUGAAAGAGAUGGUUUCCAUGCGGCAAUACAAUAUGGUGGAUGAAACACACAUUAUGAACGAUGUCAAAGAGGCAGUCUGUUACGUGUCGAGCGAUUUCAGCGGGGAUAUGGAACGUGUAUGGAGAGCCAAGAAGUCCCAGGGGCAGUCGCAGACUAGCGAAGGCAUUGUUGUGGAUUACGUGCUCCCAGAUCCUAGUGCCAACAAAAAGGGAUUUGUUCGUUCUCAUGAUCCCAUGCUGAAUGCGAAGAAGCGGAAGAGCCUGCUCUCUGGAUCCGGUGACGUGGCCUCGGAGGAUUUCUUGAUCCUCGGUAAUGAGAGGUUUGCUGUUCCGGAAAUCCUAUUCAGCCCGUUGGAUAUUGGGAUGAAGCAAGCAGGUAUCCCCGAACUCAUCUUGCAAAGUCUAUCGGUUCUGCCGACGGGUCUUCAUCCUGCCUUCCUUGCCAAUGUUUUGGUUGUGGGGGGCAAUGCACUUCUCCCUGGGUUUAUGGAAAGACUGGAAACCGAACUUCGCCAGAUUGCAACAGCCGAGUGCGUUGUCCGCGUGCGACGGCCAAACGACCCUAUCCGAUCUACAUGGCGAGGAGCAUCACGCUUAGCAACGAACCGAGAAGCGCUGAAAUCGGUGUCUAUAACACGGCAAGAAUAUCUUGAGCAUGGAUCCGCAUGGGCUGGACGAAAGUUUUCCAACAUUGAAUAA